UAUCCUCUCGAUCACAACUGCAUAUAUAAUCUAACCUCUCUGAAUUUCUCAUCCUACAAAUCGUCCUCAAAGUUCAAACCAAUUCACAACUACAUCUUCAACAGUUACGAUUCAACUACUUUCAAUCCAAUUCUCAACUCUUUUUUGAACAAACUUAAGCUUUUUCUUGUCUGGGUUGGUUCCUAAUAAAAUGGAUGAAAUUGAUGUUCCUCCAUUUUUUAUUUGCCCUAUCUCUCUUGAGAUUAUGAAGGAUCCUGUUACGGUUUCAACAGGGAUUACGUAUGACAGGGAGAGCAUUGAGAAAUGGUUGUUUUCUGGGAAGAACACCACAUGUCCUGUUACAAAGCAAGUUAUCGCGGAUUGUGAACUUACCCCUAAUCAUACCCUGAGAAGAUUGAUUCAAUCUUGGUGCAUGUUAAAUGCUUCGCAUGGAGUCGAAAGGAUUCCAACGCCAAAGCCACCCAUCCGCAAAGCUCAAAUUAUCAAGCUCCUCAAUGAUGCCAAGUCACCACAGCAACAGAUAAAGUGUCUCGGGAGGCUACAAUCAAUCGCUUCUGAGAAUGCUACAAACAAAAGAUGCAUGGAAUCUUCAGGUGCAGUUGAGUUCUUGGCUUCAAUUGUGAGUAAUUAUGACUCUACAGAAGCUGAAGAAUCAUUAGAUAACGAGUUUGAGUCAAUAAGACCAACUGAGGAGGCUUUAAGCGUUCUUUACAAUCUCCAACUCUCAGAAGCUGCUCUCAAGAAUCUUAUGGCCAAAAAUGGUGAUUUCUUAGUGUCCCUAACGAGAGUAAUGCAACAUGGAAGCUACGAGUCUCGGGCCUAUGCAGUACUGUUGUUGAAAUCAAUGGUGGAGAUAGCUGAUCCGAUGCAACUAAUCAACUUGAGACCUGAAUUGUUCGUCGAACUAAUUCAAGUUCUGCGUGAUCAAAUUUCUCAGCAGGCCUCAAAAGCUACUUUACAGUUGUUGAUCAGUAUUUGCCCAUGGGGAAGAAACAAGAUUAAGGCAGCCGAAGCCGGUGCGGUACCUGUCUUGAUUGACUUGCUUCUUGAUUCGUCAGAGAGAAGGGUUUGUGAGCUGAUACUGACAGUGCUGGAUGCAUUAUGUGUUUGUGCCGAAGGCCGAUCCGAGCUGCUAAAUCAUGGAGCAGGGCUUGCUAUUGUUUCAAAGAAGAUACUUAGGGUUUCUCAUGUUGCAAGUGAAAAGGCAGUGAGAAUUUUGCUGUCUAUUUCCAAGUUCUGUGCCACUACUAAUGUGCUUCACGAGAUGCUGCAAUUAGGGGUUGUGGCCAAAUUGUGCUUGGUCCUUCAAGUGGACUGUGGAUUCAAGACUAAAGAGAGGGCCAGAGAGGUGCUCAAAUUGCAUGCUAGAGUAUGGAAGAAUUCUCCUUGCAUGCGAAGCAAUCUGCUCUCCUCCUAUCCAGCUUGACCAGAAGGAGAAAACUUGAUUGAUUCAAGAGUUUCAAUUGUUUUCCUUUUUGUCAAUUACCAAUAUAUAUACUCAUGUACAUAAUUGUUCGUUGAUAAAAUUAACUAGCAAAAGCAACAUUCAUGGGCAAAUAAACUAGUGCCUGCUCAAAUUAAAUGUAUAAUUAUGGCAAAAAAAUUUGUUUUAUGUUUUGGAAAAUUGAUUGGAUACUGGCUUCAUCAUUUAUUGACAAGUUGUUGAUUAACUCAAAUUGGCAUAUUCAUUCAUUUGCCUCGUUUCAUUAAUUGCUUGAAACAACACCUAAGUGAGUACAUGAAAGUUGUUUAAGCAUUUAUAUUUCUUUUAAUUAAUCAAUAUAUAUGGUUAUGCUUUUAAUUAUUUCU